AUGAGCUCAAGUUCAUACAGAGAUUCAUAUUUUCAAUACCGCCAUCUGUUAGCGCUACAUCACAUAUUAUAUGCGGAAUGGAACCAGGACAUACUAGCACUUCCAGACGAAGUUGGAAAUGCUGGGAUGACCAUGGAAGAUAAUGCCCGCACCGAAGCGGCAGAUGGCAGAGGCACCCAGGAUGCGGAAAGAAACUCUAACGUACGUGAGGGUAGCCAAAGCAAAACGUUGAUAACAAGCGAACAAAAUAGCAACCGUUACUGGAACUCUUUUCAUGAUGAAGAUGACUGGAAUCUGUUUAAUGGGAUGGAACUGGAAAGUAACGGAGUGGUGACAUUUUCCGGACGUGCAUUCGACCAUUCAGUAAACGGAGAAGCCAAUUCCGGGAACGACAGUGUUAAUGAGCCAAGAAAAGAAACGAUAACUGGCUCCAUUUUCGAUAGGCGCAUCACAGAGAUGGCGUACGCAAGAAAUAACGGUUGGCACGAGCUCGCUCUAACUCGAUCACGAUGA